AUGGUGCCGGCUAAUGUCGCCAAUUUCGUAGCCAAACUGUGCUGUGGUGUCCUGCCACGACUUCAUGAAAGCCAACAACUAGUACGUCGCAAACAACAAAGGAUUGUCAAGCUCAAGCUCACAAAGUCUGCUCUAAGCAACUUCAAUACAUCUCCAACCUCUAGUCAUCUAAACACCAAAAUGGCAUCAGAUCAUGUGGCUACUACCCCCACCCCUCUCCUCCAUCCACCCGAACCCACCACCAUCGGUGACGAAUUGCACGUAAGCGAGGAAAGGAUGACAGAGAUUCUUAACCAACUGCUGAUACGCCAUAUCUGGGCUGAAUCCAAAGCCAGGCGGGAGCCUUCGAGCAGCAUUAGCUCCGUUAUCGAACGACCUCCAGGAUGGAUCUUACAUCUUGAAUGCAAAGGCUACAAAUCCGGCGGUGAUUUGUUUCGGAUUGGGACGAUUAAAUCGACCAAACACCUUAGAAGCACCAUCUGGACAGCAUUGAAAAUGCCACCAAAGUACUUCGACCUCUCACCUACGACUAAAGGUGAUAUUCAAAGCAUCGAAUGGGAAGAUGUUGAGAAAUCUCUUAAACACAUCUUGUCAAUGGUAGAUAAAGCAGAAAUAGGGCCUCAUGCUUUCUCAUUUCAACCUAUAGUCAAAGAUGGGGCCGAGCCGGAUGAUGAAGUGCUCAUGAAAACCCCGGCCAGUCCUUCGCCAUCUGAGCCAAUUGCGCCAAAGACACCAGAUCAAUCUUCGAAAUCGGAAAAGAGAAAGUUCAGGGACCCCAACACCCCUCUAGCUCCCGGCGAUACCUGGCUUAACAUGCCAGAAGUCGAAGAAUCAAGUCCGCUUGUCGGCCCUCCAGAUAGCCAACGGUCUAAACUCCGCAAGGGACUUGUCAGAAAGAUGAAUUAUUCGGCCGAUUUAGAUUCACCAACAGAGUCCGAUGAAGACGAUGACGACCGAGUCUCUUCCAAAUGUGAUGAUGAAUCUGAAGAAAGUCCAGACGAGGAAAAUGAUGGAAAUAGCAGUACGGAGGAGUACCGAGAGACUGAGAGCGAUCCAAGUGAUGACGGGGAUGGAAGUAUCAGCGAGGUCAGUGGUGAUAUCAACAUUGAUGAGCAAGGGGAUGAAGACCAAUCCCCGCCCCGGCCUAAAAAUAUAAGUACUCGAAGGAAGCUUGAGAUUUCCUAUAUCCAGGAGUUUCGUCAGCGUCUCAAUGCUGCUGUAAAGAUGAUGAACGAAGGUCCUGAGAAGGUCGGAAUAAAAAGGAUCAAAGGAACAGGUAGAGACGCUGCUACUACUAGGAGGGGAGAAAUACCGGAACGACCGAAGAAGAGAAGAAGGAAAAAUAAGAGCGAGCCGAAAUCCAACGAAAAAAAUGCACCUAUUGCUUCAAUCUCCCAAGCCCUAGAUCCAACUCAAGAGCCCCGAAGUACGAAGGGAGCUAAAUGUACUAGCGAUACAAACAGUGGGACCUCAACGGCCGGUCUUGCAAAGCAACCUUUUCAACGCAACGACGCUACCAAACCCGAGAGCCCUACUGAUCAGCAGGAUUCCACCAAAACAAACAAGUCACCCAUUCUUACAGAUCAAGAUAUGGUCUACUUCUCGCAUGGAUUCAAAUCCCAAGAAAUCCUCGCCGAAUUCAAGGCGCUACGAAACCUAACAAAACACAACUACGAUCACUACAAAGGUGUAGAAGAGAAGGUCGCAAAGCUAGUCGAAGAUCAACAUGCAAAGGAUCAAAAACUAGAUAAGUUGAUCCAGGAGGUUGGUGAGAUCAGAGAAUCAGUCAAAGAAUUUACGACGGUUGUCAAGAUGCUCGUUGCUUUUUGCAAAGGCCAGGAGUUAUAA